AGUGCGGAAGGGGUUUCUGCUGCUGUGAACGCUACCGCCGAUCUCAGGAACACUGGAAAGAACAUUCUGACCGUGGCAGUGGGUGACGAGAACUUUGACCUGAAACCUCUGGCAAGCAAACCGGAUUACGACUCGAACUUACCAGUCUCAAGUGAGGAAACUUACCCCUUGCUGGCAAAGAAAAUCAUUUCACAACUAUUACAAAUUGGACAAGUAUGUCGAUAGCACAACGUGAUGAAGAGAAUUUUGUGACAUUUUUCUCAAAAAUCACUUUCAUGCAGAG